UUUUAACAGUUUAGCCUCACAGCAGCUGUUGUUUGUUUUGUUUUUUACAGUGUAGCCUCACAGUAGCUGUUGUUUGUUUUUUUGUGUGUGUUUUUUAACAGUUUAGCCUUACAGUAGCUGUUGUUUGUUUUGUUUUUUACAGUGUAGCCUCGGUAACUGUUGUUUGUUUUUUUUACUCGAAUACAGUUAUUUUGAAUGAAACAGUGUGAAUUUUCAAGGAACUGCAAAACUGUACAAUAAAUAGAGUUUAGUAACAAGUCUUCAUUACUUCACGAGUUAUCCGACAGGGCUCAGUCCAUAAAGCUUAACUCUUUUUUUUUUCUUUUUUUUUUUUUACUGUUUCUCCCCUCGGUGCUGUUUCUUGACGCUCAGUUCACUACUGCAGCUGAACCGGACCAGCUUGUUUCGGUUUGCAGAGAGAUCAGACGGAGGCAGUAAGUUAACCAGUCGGUGCACGAUGAGCCUGAACGUCCCGGGGCUGGUGGUGAUGGUGGUCUUCUACCUGAUGGUGCUCGGUACCGGCGUGUGGGCCGCCUUCAAGUCCAAGAGGGAGCAGAAGAGCAGCCAGGCGAACCGGACAGAGGUCACCCUGCUGGGCAACAGAGGGAUCAGCCUGGCGGUGGGAGUCUUCACCAUGACAGCUACAUUUGUCGGAGGAGGCUUCAUCGUUGGUCUGACAGAGGCUGUAUACACUCCAACCAUGGGGCUGAUGUGGGGAGUCAUGCCAGUAACAGCAGCCAUGUCUUUCAUUAUUGGUGGACUUUUCUUCGCCAAAACAAUGAGGGACAGAAAAUAUGUAACAAUGAUGGACCCGUUCCAGAUCAAGUAUGGAAACUUAAUAAGUGGAGUUCUGUCUGUUGCAAUUCUCAUAUCUGACAUCUUCUGGGUGACAGGAACUCUAAUCGGCUUAGGAUCAACAAUAAGUGUGGUCCUGGAUUUGUCCUAUACUAUUUGCAUUUGGAUCUCUGCUGCAGUCGCCAUCAUAUACACACUAAUGGGGGGCCUCUACUCUGUGGCCUACACCGACAUAAUACAGCUAACCCUCAUAUUCUUCAGUUUGUGGCUCUGUGUGCCCUUUGUCCUGAUGAACCCCUACUCAGUUGACAUUACUGAGACCGCUUUCAACUUCACCUACCAGGCCCCUUGGAUUGGUUCUGUGGAUGGAGAAAGAGCGUGGAGGUGGAUUGAUAAUUUCCUAAUAUUGUGCUUGGGUAACAUCGGAUAUCAGGACUUCCACCAGAGAACCCUGUCGGCCUCCUCAUCCACCACAGCCAUGAUCACCUGCUUCAUUGCGGCUCCCUUCAUCCUGGUACUCGGCAUUCCGUCUGUGUUGAUGGGAGCCGUCGCAGCAUCAACAGACUGGAACAUGACCUCAUACGGCUCCCCGUCCCCAUUCGAGCGUGGAGAAGCUCCUCAGGUUCUGCCGAUUGUCAUGCAGUACCUCACUCCAAACUACAUCUCCAUCAUUGGGAUUGGAGCUGUAGCUGCCGCUGUGAUGUCCUCCACAGACUCUGCUUUACUGUCUGCCGCCUCCAUCUUCUCUCUCAACAUAUAUAAGAACAUCCUGAGACCAAAAGCAUCAGAGAGAGAGUUCCAGUGGGUGAUCCGCAUCACCGUGGUGUUGGUGGGCGUGGUCGGCACAUCGCUCACCUUCCGGAGCAACAGCAUAUUACUUUUCUGGAUCCUGGGCUCAGACAUAACCUACACCAUCAUGUUCCCUCAGCUGGUCUGCAUCCUCUUUUUCAACAUCUCCAAUGGCUACGGUGCCGUCAUGGGCUUGCUGGUUGGGUUGUUGCUGAGAGUGCUGAGCGGCGAGCCAUCCAUAGGGCUGCCCAUCGUCCUGCACUUCCCAGGUUGCACUCUGGAAAACGGCGAGUAUGUCCAGCGCUCUCCAGUUAGAACUAUCUGCAUGUUAUCUACCAUCACUGCCACUCUGUUGUUCUCCUACGUGGCCUCACAGCUCUUUGUUAAAGGACUGAUUCCAGAGAGGUGGGACGUACUCAAAGUGAAACCCCAGAAACCCCCAGAGACACUAGCAUUAAACAGCAAUGGAACAGCAGAGGGGGACAGGCCUGACGUACACACAGAAUUAAUGCUGAAUGCUAAUCAGCUGUAAUGUUGAGAAGUGCUUUAAUGGGAUACGGAUGUGUGAAGUUUUAUUUUUAUGUCUCUGUUUUUAUACUCCGUGAAAGUAUAAUCUUGGCUGUGGGAUGUAAUUAAUUUGUAAUUAUUUUGGUUACGUUUUACUGAGAUCUCAUGGAAUUACUGGUGAAUGAUACUGGUGUGGUUUUAUAUAAAUAAAAGUUUAAAGAACCUCUAAAGUAAAAAAACACAAGUAUAUAAACAUCCAUUCAUAUAUAAGUAACAGCUACGUCCUGUGCAUGGAUUCUGCAGGUGGUUAUAUACCUGCAUAUGGUUAAGGCAUACACUGUAGGUGCUUUGACAUAGAAUUGAUUUUUAAGGUGCUAUCUUGUCAGUCUGUCAGUGAAACUUUAUUUGUAUCACACUUUUCAUACAAAUAGAACAUCACGCAAACUGCUUUUAAAAAGAAUGAAAAUACCCCCAAUAAAGAAUAAACUACCACCUGAACACGACAAGGGUUCUGAUAAACAGGUAGGACCAAGACUUAUUUAAACAAAUAAAACGAUCUUAAGGUUAAUUCUAAAGAAGACUGUGCAGAGACUUCAUAACUAUUGUAACAUGCUCUCCUGCAACACAUGCAGUGGAGUUUUUAUACAGUUGUCCUGCAGGAAUAAAGAUAAACAGUAGUGGCUCUGUAGUGGCUUCAGAAAGAAAUGAUCACACUUUUAUUGGUUAAAUAUUUCUGAAAUGAUAAAAAAUACAUUCUCAGGCUCAAAAGAUAACACCAACGUUGUUAACUUAUUGAUAUUUUAUAUUUAUUAAUAUUGAUUGUUUUUAAGCUUUUUUAUGUUGACAAAGAUGUAAAAAUAAAUAAAUACAUCAAGACUUAUGCUCUUACCAUAUAAAAAGAACAAAAUGUUUUCAUAGUAAUAAAUGGUAAUGACACAGUAAUUAAUGAAAAAUUGCCAAAAUGUGUUAUUCAUGAAUGUAAAACAAAACAAAACUGGAAAGUACAUAAGACUAUAAUAAACAAGAAGGUUGGGA